CUUGUAUGGAAAAUUAAUUAAUUCAAGUAAAUGACACACGCCAGGUGGCCUGGACCGGAGAAUGCAGUUGUCAGCGUGUUACUACGCCUUUUACACGAUAAGCGUAGCAGCGUCAUGUGUACAAUCAGUGAGCCAACCUCAAGAGUUAGCAGACAGACGACAUGGGCGACACCUAGACAGAAGAGACGCAUCAAUAAUAAUAGAUAACUUCCCACUGGAUGAUAUGUUAAGCAACAAUCCAAACGUAAUUUACAGAAAAAUAUCAAAACUAAGAUAUCGCGCUCCAAGACCUAAAUAUAGAUUGACAAGACAGAAAUACGUACCAGUGAAAGUAAAAUCAACCAAAAGUCCUGCCAAGAAGUAUAAAGUUAAGAAAGUGAAACCCAAAUUUGGACCCAACAAUAAAAAACGUUCACCAAAACCUAGGUUCGCAAGGCCUAAUAAUAAUAAGUACUCCAAAAACAAACCAAGAUACGAAAACUCACAUCAAUCUCCACAUAUUGCGAAAAACUUACCUCCAAAGCAUUUCCACAACACAGCUCAACAGCCAGCUGGCUUCGGGGAGCCGCCUUCGGACUUCAGACCACAUAAUAUGUUUAAUCUCAAUCACGCAGAACCCCCAGUUGAUUCAUACGGUGCUCCUUUGAAAGCUAGUAUUCAAGAUCCAUACCCGAUGGUGGCCGAUUUAACAGAGUUUGACAGUCAUGACAAUGUUAAUAGUAAAAGAAACACGGGGAUAAAUUUAGGCAAUUGGCGAGACGUUCCACAAUCCGACAGUAUAUUUAGUUUUUCACAUCAUUACAAAACUUUUGUGAAACCCGGUACUAACGGUAAACCUCCACCUAGGGAUAUAAUGGACAGCUUACACCAUUUCAAUGGUCAUGAGCAAGAUUUCUCAAGUUGGCAGAAUAAACAUAUUGAUAGUAAAGUUACAUACCUCGACCAAAAUCUACUUAAGCCUGAAGUUAGCGUCUUUGACUAUGAUCUUGAAAACUCAGAUCACAACUUGAACAGUUACUCUGAUGUCUAUAGAUAUACAGAUCUUAAUAGUAAACCACACUACAUACAACAGACAAAGAAGAAACCCGAAUUUCUUGGAGAUAUUCAUAAAUUAAUAAAUAAGCCAUGGAGGCAUCCGCCUGUUAAUAACAAUGAUGACCAAAUAUUGGUUGGAGGUCAAUAUGCCGAACCGCCAGGAAAGUAUGUAGCAAAGUUCCAGCCAAGCGCGCCGAUGUACCAAGAUGACGACGACAGCUUCAGCCCAGGAAGUUAUUUAAUUCCCGAUUUCUCGACCACUAUCUCACCCUACGUCAACUACAAAAACAGCAAUAUGGCAUUCAGCCCCCAAAAUCUGAAUGACGCAUUUAGUAUAGUAGAUAAAUGAUACCCUAAUUUUAAAACUAUUUUGUGUCUUAACGCGAAU